CAGAACGCCCUCCGCUCCGCCCCCUGGUGGGGGCGGGGCAACCCGGACCGUGGGGAGGCCCGGAUUGGCCGGCUGCAGAGCCUCUGCCGUCACGUGGCCGGCACUGUUUUCUUGUCACGUGGCUGCCUCCCAGGCCGCGCUGCUGCUGUCGUUCCUUUGGAUGCCGGCGCUGUUGCCCGCCUCCCGCCUCCUGCUGCUGCCCCGCGCCCUGCUGUCCAUGGCCUCCGGAAGCCCCCCGGCCCAGCCCUCUCCGACCUCGGGCUCCGACUACGUUCCGGGAUCGGUAUCGGCAGCCUUCGUCACUUGCCCCAACGAGAAGGUCGCCAAGGAGAUCGCCAGGGCGGUGGUGGAGAAGCGCCUGGCGGCCUGCGUCAAUCUCAUCCCCCAGAUCACCUCCGUCUAUGAAUGGAAAGGAAAGAUCGAGGAAGACAGUGAGGUGCUGAUGAUGAUUAAAACCCAAAGUUCCCUGGUUCCUGCUUUGACAGAGUUUGUCCGCUCUGUGCACCCUUAUGAAGUGGCUGAGGUGAUCGCUCUGCCCGUGGAGCAGGGAAACUCUCCGUACCUGCGCUGGGUGCGGCAGGUCACCGAGUCCGUUUCCGACUCCAGCACAGCCCUACCGUGAUUAGCCCCGUUCCCGCCAUCUGCCCUGACGCCCUCUAUCUACUUCCAGGUGAUGGCUGAGUCCUCAAUAAAUCCUGUCUUUGAUUUUCUUUGCAA